AUGACAUUUUUUUAUACUCUGGCUGGUAGCCAUGCUUUCGUCGAAGAAGUUUUGCUACCAUACCUCUCACGUUCCAAUGCUACAAUAGCCGGUGUGCUGGUGCUUGACGGUGUUCUACAUUUCAACGCAUUUCCAGCCACACAAAGCAUGCCAGAAGGUUUUGAAGAGACGUUCCCUACUGCAGCUCGUGAACUUUUUGAGCACAGUCACAUGGGCGACUUUAUUCAACUGAUUGCACGAGUGAAGAGGGAUGAUUUGCUGGUUCAACAUUUCCUUACCGCAUUUUAUCGCUCUAUUGGUGUGAAUAAUGACUGGUCAUUCCGUCCAUGGUUACUGCUCUUAGGAUUACCAAUUGAUGCCAUCGACUCCGUUGAAGAUUUGCACAGGUUGCACCCCUAUUUAUUUGCCGACCACUCAUCGUUCUUUUUUCAAUCCAAUCAAGAUAUAGACAUACCUACGAUUUACAUAACGGAUACAUGUAGGGGACAGUUAUUCGAAAGUUGGGCCAGUAUACGAACAUACGCCAAAGAAGAACAAUCAUGUUCUGGAGCUACAAUGGACUGGGAUCACGUAGCAAAGAAAGAUUUAGUCAAUUUCAUCUGCUCGCAUAAAGUUGGUUGUAGCUGUGUCUCCUCAGGAUGA